AUGGCCAGCACAAAGAAAAUAAAGUACGGGGACGCCGGGCGCCCGGAGGGUUCUGGGAAGCGCCUUAACUCCUCCCCCCGCUCCCGCUCCUUCCUUUCCGUCCCUGUCGCUGCUGAGGUCGCACGUGCGAGGCCUGCCUGCCACCACCGCCAAGAUGCGUUAUGUCGCUCCUAUCUCCUGGCCGCCCUUGGGGGCAAUUCCUCCCCCAGCGCCAAGGACAUCAAGAAGAUCCUGGACAGCGUGGGCAUCGAGGCCUACGACGACCGGCUCAACAAGAUCAUCAGUGAGCUAAGGGGGAAGAACAUUGAAGACGUCAUUGCCCAGGGUAUUGGUAAACUUGCCAGCAUGCCUGCUGGUGGUGCUGUGGCCUUCUCCGCAGCCCCUGGCUCUGCCCUAGCUGCAGCAGAGGAGAAGAAAGAAGAGAAGAAGGAGGAGUCUGAGGAGUCAGAUGAUGACAUGGGCUUUGGCUUGUUCAACUGA